AUGCGAUCUGAAAUUUCCCGAGUAAUUGCCCUUGCACUCGUUCUCGGCACCAAGGCAGCACCCCAAGGCUCUUGGGGUGGCGGCGGCGGUUCCGGAGGCGGUGGCCAGGGGAACGAUGGGAACUUGAACGCUAUCGGCGGUUCUCAGGGAAACAGUGGGAGCUUGAACGCUAUCGGCGGUGGCCAGGGGAACGGCGGGAACUUGAACGCUAUUGGCGGUGGUCAGGGGAACGGCGGGAACUGGGAUGCUAUCGGCGAUGGUUCGAAAGGUGCUGGCGGUAAAGGGGAAAACUGGAAGGGCAUCUCUGCACCUCAGGAACAGGAUUGGGGAGGCGGGAAAGGAGAAGGAUGGAACUUGGGCGGCUGGGAAUCCAAGGGGGAGUAUAAGACUUUUCCUGCUCCAGGUUACACCAAGCCUGGCAUCCCGUCGGAGAAGUUCCCUUAUCCAAAGCCUUUCCUGCCGAUUAAGGAGACAUAUCCUCCGGUGAAGACGGUCGUCCCUACAGAGAAGACCACUCCCCCAGUGAAGACGGUAAUUCCUACGAAGAAGACUACUCCCCCAGUGAAGACGGUAAUUCCUACGGAGAAGACUACUCCUGUUGAGACAGAGGUUCCCACAGAGGUCCCAACAGAAACCCAGACAGAGAUCCAGACAAAGACCCAGACAGAGAUCCCGACAGAGACCCAGACAGAGAGGACUACUCCGGUGGAAACAGUUGAGACGCGAUCUCCUCUCACGACUCCAUUGGGCACGCAAGUUCCUCCAGUGCAAUCUCCCCCCACUGUUUCGCCUCCCGUCCAAUCUCCCCCCGCUGUUUCACCUCCCAUCGAGUCACCUCCCCCGGCUUCGCCUCCGGUCCAGUCUCCUCCUCCUGCGUCGCCUCCAGUCCCAUCUCCUCCUCCUUCUCCUCCGGCUCAGACUCCCACUCCUUCCCCUCCCGCUGAGACUCAACUUACUCAGCCUCCCGUUCAAUCUCCUCCCCCUCAAUCUCCUCCCCCUCAAUCUCCUCCCCCUCAAUCUCCUCCCCCUCAAUCUCCUCCCCCUCAAUCUCCUCCCCCUCAAUCUCCCCCCCCUCAAUCUCCUCCCCCUCAAUCUCCUCCCCCUCAAUCUCCUCCCCCGCCGCCUCCAGGUCAGAUUGGUCCCCCGCCUCCUGUUCCGCCGCCUCCCGGUCAGACUGGUCCACAGCCUUCUGUUCCGCCGCCUCCCGGUCAGACCGGGCCACCUCAGUCUCCUGUUCAGUCGCCUCCGGGUCAAACUGGUCCUCCUCCGCCUCCAGGCCAGACUCCUCCGCCUCCCGGCCAGACUGGUCCCCAGCCUCCUCCGGCCCCAGGGCAGAUACCUCCCUCUGGUCCCCCUCCACCACCUGGCGCACCGGCAACUCAAGUGCCACCAUCACCGGUCGCACCGACGCAAGUCUCGCCUGCUGCAGCGACUCCCACCGCAGGGCUGCCAUUCGUGGGCGAAGCUAAUGCCAACGAUCCUACUCUUGUUAGUUACAUUGCCUUCCUCCUCGGUGCACUCGCUGCUCUCCUAUAA